ACUCUGGGUGCGUCGCAGUGUGGAGGAACGGCUCUGACCUCAGUUACGGGAACUACACGAGGUGCUGUUUGAGUCUCUGAAGUACAGGGUCAAGUCAAAAUGAACACCACUGAUCAAGGAUCCAACUUCACUUCUCCUUCCAGCUCAGAAAAUAUUACCCUGGACUCCACGGCUAUCUCUCCCACCAGCCUACUGCCUCCAUCUCAUUCUUCAGACAACCAUGACCCACAUUUCACCAUCAUGAUGGUGCUAGGUCUAUCGCUACUGCUGGCAGGGUUUGCAGCCCUUCUGGCAGUCUGCCAGCCCUGUGGACAGGAUGAGGAUUCAGACGCGAGCUGCGACCCAGGGGGAAACUUGACCCAUAGAAGUAGUCGGUCUGGUGAGCCCCAGCUCAAGGUGUGGAAGAGGCUGGGAUCCUAUCGGCGGUCAUAUAACCUCUCCUUCAGACGGCCGCCCUACCGCAGGCCACAUGAGCGUGAGAGCACACCGGUAUCCCGAUCUGCUCCAAGACAGUCAACCCUGCCAGAGGCGAGCGUGGGUCCCCAUCUCACCGUUCCAUGCCUGUUUGACUAUGUGACUGAAAUCUGACCGGAGGCAUGGCGUGGUCAGACUGACUGUUACCACAAGGGUUCCAUU